AUGUCAGCUAAUUUUACUGUCGAGAUACUGAAUGUCAACGAGAAACCGUCGUUACUCUCUUUCAAGAAUGUUGGAGGUCAAAUACAGUUUAGUGAUGAUUUCCCAUCAGUGAACGAAAGGAGUGCUGACGGAAGCGGUACGACAGUCGGAACGGUCGUUGGAACGAUGGAAGCGAUUGACGCAGACAGUGGGGACAAGUUGACAUUCUCGUUAGACAACGACGGAGGCGGUCGCUUUUCUCUGUCUCAGAGCACAGCAAAGUGUCAAACAACAACGAACAAGGAUGUAAAGACUGUUUGUAGCAUUCGAAUGAUCGUCGCUGGAACAUUAAACUAUGAAUCAAGCACACAACACAAUAUAACGAUCAAGGCCACAGAUCAAGAAGGAUUAAUAGUUUCCAAACAGUUUACUAUUAAAGUGAACGACGUCAACGAACAUCCUACGGACAUCAGUGCAUUUGAAGGAGUCUUUCAAGUAAAAGAGAAUGCAAACGGAGCGACAGUCGCAUCUCUGGUCACAACAGAUCCAGAUCGAGGCCAGUCGUUUGUGUACAAAAUUGUGGACAAUCCAACUGGACCUUUUACAUUGGAUGGCAAUGUUCUGAAAGUGAAGCAAACGGGAAACAUCGACUACGAGAUCAAGUCGUCGUAUACAGUUACGAUUCGAUCGACAGACAACGGGAAUCCUUCUCGCAGUUUCACCAAGAAAAUCGUUGUGAAAAUUAUUGAUAUUAACGAACCGCCAACUAGCAUUUCUCUUGCCCACGAUAAGGUAGCAGAAAACAGCGGUACUGGUACGGUUGUCGACGUUCUUCUCAUCAGUGAUCCCGAAACGAGUCAAUCUCAUACGUGUACAAUGUUGGACGAUGCAGGAGGACGGUUUGUUAUGAAUGUUUUGAAUUUAGAGGUACGAGCGUCCAACGCAAGUUGCAUUCAAGCCGGUGGCGCAAAUUGUUUGCUCAACUACGAACAAAACAAAUGGCACAAAGUGACUGUACGCUGUACGGACAACGGAAAUCCAUCAAUGUUUAAAGACAAACAGUUUACUAUUAAUGUCGUCGAUCGUAACGAUCCACCGAGAGAGUUGAAACUCAGCAAACAAAGAAUCAGUGAAACGUUUAACAUUGGAGACGUAAUCGGCGUGUUUUCGGCUGUGGACGAAGACAGCGGUCAAUCGAUGUCGUAUUCACUCACCAGCAACAGCAAUGGUGUAUUUGAUGUGAAGAACUCACAACUUAUUCUUAAGAAAUCGCUCAACUUUGAACAACAAAAAACUCACAAUAUCGUCGUCAAGGUCACCGACAAUGGCACCCCACCUCUCUCGAUGACGAGAAACUUUACCAUUGAAGUUAUCGACGAAAACGAAUCUCCACUCAUUGUGACUUUUCUUGAUUUGAAUGGCCAGUUGACGUUUCCUACCAACUUUCCAGUAGUAAAGGAGAAUUCAGCAACAAACACAGUUGUGGGCACGAUUGAAGCCGGAGACCCGGAUAUCAAUGAAAAGAUUGUCUUCAAGUUGACGGAUGAUGUCGGUGGUUUGUUUACACUAUCCACUCCGUCGCGAAGCAGUUGCAAGAACGAAUCUGGAACUGCAGGUGUCAAGACUAAGUGUCAGGUGCAACUUUUUGUGUCUGGAAUGUUGAAUUACGAGCUGAAUAGCCAGCACGAUAUCACGGUGUUAGUAUCCGACUCAAACGGUAAGACCUACUUGGCCAACUUCACGGUCACCGUACAAGAUAACGUGGAAUUAGCCGGUGGAGUGACGACAGUUACUGAAAACCAGCAGUCAGCUGUAGUAGGAGAACUCGUCACAACCGACGACGACCGACAUAAGAAGUUUACUUACUCUCUUGUGAGUGAUGGAGGUGGACCGUUUGAUAUAGUGGGGAAAGAAGUUCGACUGAAGAGCAGAACAAGCGUCGACUACGAGAAGAACAAACAAUUCAGCAUCCGCAUUAAAGUGACCGACGGAGGAUCACCCGCAAUGUCUUUGACGAAAACGUUUAUGGUAAAAGUUAUUGACGUCAAUGAAGCUCCCACCAAUGUCUAUUUGUCUAAAUACGAGGUCAAUGAAAAUAGUGACGCGGGUACAGAAAUAGGAACUAUUAGUACAAAAGACCCGGACAAUGACGAUACAAUUACUCAGACUCAUAUUUAUAGAUUAGUUGACGACGCCGGAGGAAGAUUCGCAAUCGUCAAUGGUGCUCUUAAGGUGAAACCUUCAAACAAGCAAUGUUUGAAUUCUGGUGGAGAUUUCUGUUUGCUGAAUUACGAAAAGUCGACAAGUCAUCGCAUUGUAAUCGAAGUUACUGACAGUGGCAAACCGUCAAUCAAGAAAGAGUUUGUAGUAACAAUUAAAGUUUUGGAUGUCAACGAUAGUCCUCGAUCAUUAACAGUCAGCAAUCUGUUGAUUAACGAAAAUCUUCGUAAAGGAACUCUAAUAGGAAGCGUGUCAGCUGUUGAUGAAGAUUCUAGUUCCUCUCUAUCAUAUCACAUUAUUUCGAGCGACGGUGGAAACUUUUACUUGAGUGGUAACCAACUGUUUACUGGACAGCUCGAGAACUAUGAAGUUCGAUCGUCAUACCAACUCAAACUGCAAGUCAAAGACAACGGAUCUCCACAACUUUCUAUAAAUCAAUUGUUUACUGUGACCGUUAUUGAUGUCAACGAACGACCAACUUCGGUUUCUGUCCUCCCAACAGACGGACAAUUAAACUUCACGGUCAACUUUCCCAAAAUUCGAGAGCACACAUUGGCUGGUACUGCUAUCGGUACAGUGGAAGUAGUGGACGUGGAUAAAGGAGAAAUGAUGACGAUCACUUUGGACGACGAUGACGGAGGGAAUUUUCGAAUAGCAACGGGAAAUGACGUUCGUUGUGCUUCUGCAACAUUACAAGUAAUCAUUUCAAUCAUUCUGCUUUCAGAUUGA